GUGUGGUUACGUGUCUCCAAAACAAACCCUCAUUCUGAUAAUAGAUACGGUGAAUGUCGGAUUGGUUUUCUUUAAGUCUUUUAUUUCAUUGUGUAUACAACAUUUGCAUAGGUGCAGAUCGAGUUGAAGUUAUACAUGAUAAAACAUGGAGUGCGACAUUAAUGAUUGUAGUCCAGAAUAUGCCUUAAAAUAUCUUGUUCAACAGGUAGAAGAGCAGUCUACCUUGUGUGAUGUAACGGUCAAAAUGGGAACUUGGGAGAAGAAAUUCCAUCGGUGUGUUCUAGUGAUAAGUCCAUUUUUUGACCACGUACUUAACGACAGUUUCCUGGAAAAGCAAGCAGGAGAAAUUAAAAUGACAAUUGGUACACCAAAUUCGCUUCAAACAGCUAUAAUGUACCUUUAUGGACAAAAACCGAAAUUUAGUCUGGAAAAUAUUGAGAAUGUUCUACAGAUGGCUGAGUUCCUUCUUAUACCAAAUCUAAAGGCUGCUUGUAUAACCUGGCUAAAUUCAACGGUGAUAACAGAAAACAACUGCUUGGCAAUCAUCCAAAUAUCCAGUAUUUACGAUUUUGAAAUCAAAAGAUGUGUAGAUUUUAUUGAAGAGAACUUGCCAGAAAUGCUUAAUCAUCCUCUUAUGAUAAAUCUUACACAAGAAUCGGUACAAAUGCUGUUUUCCGAUAAACGGCUAUCAUAUGCACCAAUGGACGACAAACUAUUGUUCCUACUCAAAUGGUCAGAUGUAGCUGAAAAUUCUAGAAAGGUUCAUUUGAAGGAACUACUGACAACCAUCGAUUUUAACGAGAUCAGUAGCUCGCUUUUGCAAGACUUUACACACAAAUAUGCUGAUGUUAUACAUUUGCAAUUAGAUCAAAUUUCUCCUAUUCUACCAAAUCGUCGUGUCCUUAUUAUGAAAGGAAAUAACCACAUGUAUACUGAUGAAACGUUCUGGUGUCUGGAUUUAGAACGAGAACAAUGGUUUCGCAUUGACUCCAAAUCAUUCGAUGAAGAAAGUUCUUACCAUUAUAAAGGCAUUUUAGGAACAUGCACGACUGCUUUCGGGCCGGAAAUCUGGUUCUCGAAAGAUGCAUAUUGGACGUCAGCAAUUUUAAUUCUUAAUUUACAAACGGAUAAAUGCACGGAAUUAAAUAUAAAAGGAAUAGACAAAAGUUGCCGUGUCGGAAGUAAUGACGGUUUUAAAAUUUGCGGAGAUAUGUUUGUUGCGACAAUAAACGAACUAGUAGAAAUAGAGUCAAACAAAGAUUCUCAAAUAAAUGAUCUUCGAUCACAAAACGUGACUGACAAUUUCAUUACAAUGCAACCAUUGUAUAAAGAAAGAAGAAUUGACAUCCAUACUUCAACUUUGUAUAUUGGACACAUUGCCAAUGGAAACGUGGAAAUGUCACCGCUUCUCUCUUUCAAGGACGAUACAAUACACAAUGUUUUAAUAGGCCAAAAUACAAUAGCAAUUAUCUUCAAGUCACAGAAAUUUAUUGCAAUUUACGAUCUUGUUAAAUGCAAUUUAGAAAAAAUAGAACAAUCAACGACCCUUCAAGAUCAAAUAUAUGAAUAUAAUAAUGUAUUUUUGAUUUAUGAUAAUACAAGAUGCAUCAUCUUGACGAGAAUCAUUGAUCCUUGUCAUUCAAUUAAGUAUGAAAUCACUGAAAUCCCAUUAGAACAUAAUGAAUAUGAAGAAAUUUAUUAUUGCUUUAAACAUCAGAUGUUGUUCCGUUAUUAUCGGAAAAGUUACAACGAGAAUUUUGUUUUUGAAUGUACUCCGUGUCCUGCAGUGCUAUUUCGCAAACCAAACGAAUCUAUAACAUGGAAACAGUUACCUUUGCCUAGAGAAAAAUACUAUUCUUUAGACAUUAAAGCGGGAAAAGUUUUCGCAAUAUGUCUUCAUAAGUCUAUGCUUCGUUGUCAAAUCGAUUGCCCUCACUGCAAAGCGAGAGUCGGAAGAAAACAAAGUCAGUUUUUCGUCGAUGAUGGAAUGACAUACUUUGACGCAAUAUGGCCUCUUGACUAUUAUCGUCCACCAAACUAUGACUCAGAUUAUUGCUAUUUCUCUGAUUAAAUACUUAAAAAAUAUUCGUGUGUUGUGACAGAGUUGGUUUGCCAUCUUUAAAAUGUCGUUAUAAUUGACCAUUUUGUUAAUACAAUGUUUAUGUAUAAAAGCCUUGGAGUUAAAUAGGCUCAGUCCCAGGGGGUCAUUGAAUUUCCUUAUAUGUAUAUAAUAAAAACAAAAACAAUAUUCUUCUAGAAACCAAACGAGCUAGAGUUUAGAUAUUUAGCAUGAAACAUCCUUUAUUGAGUGACUACCACGUUUGUUCAAAUCAAAUCCUAAAGAUUAAAAUUGGUAACGUCCUACGGGUCAUUGAUUUUGCUAAUUGCUAUUUGUGUUUACUAUUUUUUUUGUCCAUGUACCCGAUUUUUAUCAAUAAAUCCCUUCGAUUUACAGAUAAAAAUAAAGUCAUAUAUUGGUUUCCCAGCAUGUCAUAUUUAUGAAUGAAAACGGGAACAAAUUUCACGCCUCAACCGCUGGGUAGGCAGUAUAAAAGACAAAAAAAAACACAAAAAAAACAACAACAACAACUUAAAUUCGGUAAUUUAUUUCUUACAUUUGUAUCUGUAAACAAAAGCUAUAAAUAGAUGAUCUAGCUUUACAUUUUGAAAGUCCGAAAAUCUAUUUAUAGAAGAAGUACGGCUAUUCGUGUCGGGCUAUGGAAAAAAACGAACUGGAGAAUUUUGCAGGAAAUAAAAUGCAAACAUAUUCAACAAUAAAUUGCACUCUUUAUAAAUUAAUCGAUUAAAAAUAGGUAGGUCAUUUUUUACGAAUUGUUAUAUCAUACUAGUAUUAUCAUUUUGAAAUUGUCUUUUCCGGCCCUGAAUGCACUUCUGACAUUUUUUACCGUGAAAAUUUAAAUCGACCCUGAUUUCCUAAAUGUUUGCUGUAAGAAGUUGACUCUACUUUGUUUGAAGGCAAUCGGUUUUAUGGUGGUUUGAGUGGAAUGUUGAUUUGCCGAAUACUGUGAUAUUUUAGCAACAGAAACUAUCGUCUGCAAUUUUAACUUGACGUGUUCUGGGUUUAUUGAUAUAAAUGUAAACACAAUGGUGAAUCAGUCGAGGAUUUUGAAGCAAUUCAACAAAAUGGUAGAUUUAUCUCCCAAUUAAUCAAUUAACAACAGCCCUUUAUUUAUCACCAAUGUCAAGUAGCUUUAAUAUGUUUGACUCGCACGAACAUGAUGUAAGUGCAUUCUAAAAUCCAGGUAACAGUCUUCCAUUAUAUUAAUAAAUAUAUUUGCACCAUAUAACAUGUAUAACAACAAAUCCUAAAUUUGGUCAUUUUGAAAUUCCAAUUGUUUCAUUCAAGUGUGUGUUCUUCUUUCAGUAUUUAUCUGGGACUUGAAAUAUAGCUACUGUAUCUUAAGUCCAAGUUAUUAAUAGAAACCAUUUUCUUUUUAUUUGACAUGGAAAAAGUAUGCAAUAUUACUAUAUUAGUCCCUUUUGUAAAUAUUUUAUUUACUGUUUGUAUAUUUGU